AUGACAUACGGAGGCCUAAUGAAGGUUUGUUGCUUGAAUGGCGUCGUGGAAAGGAGGAAAGUAGCACUCCGAGGAAUUAUGUUUUUUAGGACGAUAAGGGUGUCGAGGACGAUGGGGGUGAUGACGCUCAUGAGAUUUGAGAAGUUAACAUGUGGAUUUGAUCCGCAAGAUGAAGAAAGAUUUCGAAAAGGGAAAGACAUUGCAACUCUAGACUCGGAAGAGGAAAGCGAGGGGGACGACGAGGACAACGAUGAAGACGAUGACUCGCAAGGGAAUUUCGAGUACAUGGGUGUUGACGAACCCGUGUGGACCGAUUACACGGAGGGAAUGGACAGUUGUGGUUGGUAUGAGGCUCAAUCGCAUGCUGAAGAAGGGGCAUAUGCGAGCGAUGACGAUGACGAUGACGAUGACGAUGACAAUACUGAUGACGAUGAUGGUGAUGGUGAUGAUGACGAUGACAAUGAUGAUGACCGUGAUCGUGACGAUGACGAUGAUGAAGACAAUGACAAUGACGAUGAUGAAGACGAUGACGAUGACAAUAUAGAUGCCGACGAAUAUUGGGAGGAGUUGCGGAUUUAUCGGGAGAGUCAACGAGAUAAAACCCAUGAAGAAAGUUCUGAUGGUGAGGAUCAAAUCUUUGAUAGCAGUGAGUGGAAAAGCGAGGAUGCGGAAGGCGAAAUUCACUCGGACACUUCCCUAACGGAUAAGGGAGCAGCAGAACCUGGUGGGGGUGAUGUACCAAUGGAUGAACCUCACUUGGCGGAUGAAACUGAGGCGACUGGAGAAUCGGAUCACGGGACGGGGGUUAACCCGACCACAGAUGGGUGGAUUAGUGAUGAAUUGAGCGAGGAGGACGGGGUACUUCGUAGUCUGGCAGAUUCUAUCGACACCGGGGGGCCGGCGUACGAGGAAUGA